AUGAAAAAUCAACUAGUUUUCUUUUGGCGAUGUAUAUUCGGUCCAAGAUUAUAUCAAACUUAUCCAUCUGUUAUUUUGCCACCUGGUCGAAAUGAUCAACAACCUGCUCAUCUUUAUACGAAAAAUACUGCAGAAACUCUAAGUGAUAAUGUUUUCUUUGCUCUUAAAUUAUCAAUUGGAAUACUUAAAGUAACUUGGCCAUUAUGUUUAAUUUAUUGUUAUCGUAAAGGUUUACUUAC